UUUCAUUGGUUGAUUCGAAAGAACUUUAACAUGCGGCGGAUUUAACGUGAUUUUCGGAGUGUCGACGUUAUUCGGGUAACUCAGUUGUUGUUUAUAGAGAGCAGGUAUUUGCCUGAAAAAAAUUCCAAUAUCGAUUGACAUGAUAUUGUAGAGAGGCCACUAGGUGCAGACUAUGGACAGCCACCAAAGUGGGUCACCGUUGGCCGUCAACCCCUGGCCAAUGGGGGACCGUGACGGAACCCCUAAGAAAUCCCGUGGGAGUUGGUUCAGCGGCACCCCUCACAAGGCCCCGCCCUUGGCCCAGAAUGGCGAUGACGAAGACUUACCGGUCCUGAAGCUGACCCACUUCACUAAGAAGGUGAUGGUGUGUUUUGACACGGUCAGGACAGGAAUGUCCAGAACCAGAGAGUUGCUGGUGGAGAACCCUUGUGACUUCCCUCAGGAGCUCCGCAUAGAGAAAUUCCCCUUUGACAAGGGCUUCUCCAUCUCAGCGACGUGCUGGGAGCUGGAUGGAUGCGAGCUUAUGCGGCUGCCCAUCGCCUGGACCCCCAAGGAGGAGGGCAACGCCAGGGAGGUGGUCACCUUCAAGUGUGAGGGGGCCUUCAGAUUGCAGGUGAUCCUGCUGGGAACCGCAGAAGAUCCACCCAAAAAGAGGGGAGCAGGGAGGAGGAGUACCUUCUCAGUGCAUCGGAAAGUUCCCCUAAAAGUCACCCAGCCCCAGGCUGUCCUGAAACCUAGCCGACCGACCAUGAUCCUCAAACCCAAAGGUCAGCAGAAACCUCAAGCACCAGGGAAACAGCCAAGGCCUUCCACUGGCAAAGCAAGCAGGGCAAACCAAGAGAAUCGUGCCCCGAUCAGACAAUCUGACGCCCAGAAGUCAGUCAUUAGACCGAUGGUUCCCGCAGAGGUUGAGAAUGACAGUGAGCGGCAAAUCCUCCCAAGCACCCCUAGUCCCAGGAGUGUCUGCGAGAGGAGCACGUUAGAGGAGUUUACCGCCCUUGAUAGUUCGCUGGCUGAGAUUAACGGCGAUGGGAUGCCAGUGACGGCUGAGGAUCUCCUGUUGGAGAACCUGAAGCGGCAGACGCUGUCUGUCUGCAACGGCAUGUCUCCCUUGCUACAAACAGCCAAGCCAUUUGUGCUUCACAAGCCUACACAAGCUAACAAUCGGGUCACCAUAACCGAGGAUCCCCAUGUUGGUGACUGCAAUGAAGAAUGCCCAAAUGAAGUCAUGCCUGAUGAAGCUUCGCCCAAAGUCCCCAAACGUCUGUCCAUCGAGGCAAAGACCACUGUCACUAAAAACAAAGCACCUGAGGAAGAGCAACCAUCAAAGCCUGCCACUGUACGCAAGAAUCUUUUUGUGUCAGAUGAGGCAGGAGGUAAUAGAAGCUCCGAGCAGAUGGGUAGUAGCCCUCCAGAAUUUGAGGAUAGUCUGAAUGAGCCAAGAUUAAGUCAUGUCCCAAAUGAUGAUGAAAAUGAAGACCAAUCUAGCAAUGGCAAUGUCAUCGUUGAGCAAUGCACUGAGCUCCUAGAAGAGAUCAGUCCAGUGGCAAAUCAUGCUGAGCUAUCCCUUGAUUUUGAUGUACACCAAAAUAAGCAUGGCAGCAUACUGCCAGUCGAUGAUCACGUCCAGUCAGAUGCGCCUCCAGUAGUCGAUGAGCCAACCCUUGAUUCUGGGACUGCAGAAAGCAGUCUCCCUCUGUUGCGCGACAACUCAGCUCAGCAACUUGGAACUGACGACUUCAAAGUCCACACCAGCGUCGUCACCGGCAGCCUGAUCAGUCGCAAACGUGUCUCCGACCCCAAAGACAAAGCCGAGUCACCGCCUAAGAAAUUAAAGACCCAGGAUGCCAAAGGUCAUGGGGCAAAGAAACAGCCACCACCACCACGGGACCGGACCAUGAACCGGACCCUCGCUCUGAGAAAAGCAGCAGCAGCAGAGAAAUUUGGGAACAAGACAGCCAAGGCCAAAGCACAAGGGAAGCCUGCAGGGCAGUACAAGGCUAAAGCACCCAUGAAGGGAGUGCCAAUGGCUAAGCUGAAUCUGCUGAAGUCAAAUGCAACAGCCAUUCCCAGGCACCCGAUGCCUUUUGCUGCCAAGAACAUGUUUUACGAUGAACGUUGGAUGGAGAAGCAAGAACGAGGUUUUACCCGCUGGUUGAACCAUGUCCUGACUCCAGAUGACUGUCCUAUCGACCCUAGCUGCAAAGCCACUAAAAUUGAUGCAGGCACACUCUGCGUGGAGCCGGCCGGCAAAAGCACCAUCCCCCCAGCCCCUUCCAAGGAAGACCUGUCCCUGCGAGCCUACACGGCCAAGCGCAAGCUGAACAGGCUCCGUCGCGGUGCCUGCAUGCUCUUCCAGAGCGAGCCCAUCGUCCGCGUCAUCCAGAAACUGGAGGCGGAGAUUGAGAAGAGACGAAUUGUGGUUCGGCUGGAUCGCAAGCUGCAUGCUGAUUACGGAAUCAAGCAAAAGCUGCUGGACCUGUUCCUGUCCUACAACCCCCUCUGGCUCCGGAUCGGCCUGGAGACCACCUACGGUGAGAUCCUGCCCAUUCAGAGCAACACCGACGUCGUUGGCCUGUCUCGUUUUGUCAUCACUCGACUCCUGGGGAACCCUGAUAUCGCUGCCCAGUAUGCUCACCCUACGGUGCCGCAUCUGUAUGGUCCAGGCUACGAGGAGACUUUGUCUCAGUUCACUCUCAAGAAGUUCCUGAUCUUGGUCUUCUUCCUGGAUCGAGCCAAGCUGACACGACUCAUAGAUCACGACCCCUGUCUCUUCUGUAAAGACUCGGAAUUCAAGUCCAGCCGAGAUAUCCUGCUUCAUUUCUCUCGUGAGUACCUCCGUGGUGAGGGUGAUCUCACCAGGCAUCUGAGUUUCAUGGGCUACAACGUCACCCACCGGCAGACCGCACUGGACGAGUUUGACUUCUCUGUCACCAAACUGGCCACGGACCUCCGAUGCGGUGUCAGACUUGCUCGCAUUGUUGAGCUCCUGAUCAAGGAUUGGACAUUGUCCUCUCAGCUGCGCGUUCCUGCCAUCAGUCGCCUGCAGAAGAUACACAACGUGGAGAUCACGCUCAAGGCACUCAAGCUUGAUGGUGGAGGGGUAGACGCUCGUGCCAUUGUUGAUGGCCACCGGGAGAAGACGCUGGAACUCCUUUGGAGGAUUAUCUUCCAAUUUCAGAUCGGCCUCCUCUUGAAUGAGCAACAACUCCAGGAGGAGAUUGCCUUCCUCCGCAAGAACCUCCGUCUCCAGAAGCACCUGGAUGCCCUCUCGACACUCCCCCUGAUGGACACCCUAGCAAUAGGAGUGGGAAAUGGCCGACGAGACUCCAACGAACCCAACGUGUACUUCAAGAGCAGUCGGCUGAGCCUUCUGUUGAAAUGGAGCCAAGUGGUCUGCUCCUUCUAUGGACUGAAGGUUGAGAAUUUCACGGUUGCCUUCUCUGACGGUCGGGCCCUGUGCUACCUGGUCCACCACUACCAUCCGUCGCUGCUUCCCCUGGGUCUCAUCAAUCAGGAAACCACACAGACACAGUAUCAGAGACAGGGUGCCACACCAGACAGCGGCAACGAUGACAGCUUUGACGGAACAUGGUCUAAUGUCUACAGCCCAAGCACAGGCAAACCGGGAGAGCGUGAUAGGCUUCUUGCCAAUGAGAGGGAGAACUUCAAAGUGUUGUAUGACAAAGUGUCGGAGCUGGGCGGCGUCCCUGGAGUGGUGAAGUCGGCAGAAAUGUCCAACACCAUCCCAGAUGAAAAGGUUGUGAUCACCUACGUCUCAUACCUGUGCGCCAGGCUGUUGGAUCUGCGCAUUGAGACCAGGGCAGCGCGUACCAUCCAGAUGGUCUGGAAGGCGUAUAGGCUGCGUCAGUUGCACAAACGCAGACAGGCUCAAGAGGCUGCAGCCCAAACCAUCCAAGACGCGGUCCGCUUGUUCCUAACCAGACGGCAUCACCAGCGAUUGCUGGGUUCCAUCAUCAAGCUGCAGGCAAUGAGGAGACGGGUGAUAGCAUGCAGACAGGUGGAAGCACUACGACAAGCACAACUGGAGCAACACAGAGACAGAGCUGCCACAUCAAUACAGGCAUAUGUCAGAGGACUCCUCGCAAGACGCCAUUAUCAGAAGACGCUCAAAACAAUAAUCAUCCAAUCUGCUCUGCGUGGCUACAUCGCCCGCAAGGAUUACCUCCAGACCCGUCAGGCUGUUAUUUCACUACAGGCUGCUGUCCGGUGCCGCCUGAAGAGAUGUCGCUUUGUCCAGAUGCGACAAGCCGCUGUGGUUUUGCAGCAGCGAUUCAGAGCUAAACACCUCGGCAGCAAGCAGCGGGCGCUGUACAGUCUCCAACGCAGGGCUUGCAUUAGCCUGCAAGCGGCAUUCAGGGGCUACGCAUGCAGACAGAUGUACCGUAAGAAGCGUUUGGCCGUCAUUGCUAUUCAGGCACAUAUCCGAGCUCACCUGCAGCGUAUGAGAUACCUUAAGAUGAAAUUUGCUGUCUUGGUGAUUCAGAGGUACUGGCAGUCUGCUACAUAUUCCAAAUCUGUCAGAGAGGAGUAUCUAAGCCUUCGUCAAGCUGCGAUCAUCGUACAGUCAGUUUACAGAGGUAUGGUGGCCAGACGACAUGCCGCUUACAUUCGCAGUGUGGUGAAAGCACAGGCUGUCGUGCGGUCCUUCCUCCAACGCCGGAGGUUUCUGCACCAGAAGAGAACCUGCAUAGUUAUUCAGAAAUCGUUCCGCGGAUACGCCAAGAGGAGAAGAUACGAAGCAGUGAGGGCUGCUGCCCUGGUUUUGCAGCGACGUUUCCGGGCUCAACAAGAGGGUCAAAUCCAGCUAGUAAAGUACAACAUCAUGAGGGGAGCUGUCAUCACUCUUCAGGCAUGGGUUAGGGGAGUUCUGGCUCGUCGCUGGCUGGCUGUCCUUGAUAAAGCCGCUGUCAGAAUCCAGUCUGUAUGGAAGAUGCACAGGGCACGGAAUAACUUCCUGGCUGUGCAAAGUGCAACAUGGUGUCUACAGAAAUACACAAGGGCUUAUUUGGCCGGAAAAUCAACUCGAAGUCACUACGUGAAAUUGAGGGCUUCUGCAGUGCUGAUCCAGUCUCAGUAUCGUUCGAUAAUGGCGCAACGCAAGUUUGGUCAUCAGAAGGCAUGCAGCAUUGCUGUCCAGUCCUACGUCCGCAUGUACAUUGCCCGCAAACGCUACAGGGCUAUCCUGCAAGCUGCAGUUGUUAUGCAACGCCGGUUCAGGGCCAAGCUGAGCCGUGAUCGCCAGCUGGAAAUUUACAAGCUUCAGAAGAGUGCCACCAUCACCCUCCAGGCCUGGUUCAGAGGGAUCUUAGCUCGCCAACAAAUUGCUGCACAGCAUAAAGCAGCCAUCAAGAUUCAGUCAGUUUACAAAGCAUAUAGGGAGCGACAGAGCUUCAAGACCCUGCGUGCAGCAACAGUUUGUCUCCAGAAGCACAUCAGGGCCCAUUUGAUCGGAAGACAUGCGCACAUUGAUUACUUAAGGCUGAAGGCAGCAGCUGUGACCGUUCAGUCAUCGUACCGUGGACUACUCGCCAGACGCACAUUCAACACCCAGAAACAAGCUGCUGUUAAAAUCCAGUCAGUUGUGCGCAUGCAUCAGGCUCACAGUCACUACCUCAGUUUGAGAGAAGCAGUGAUGAUUGUCCAGACAAGGUAUCGUACUCAGAAAUUGGCACAGGCAACCUUCCUCAAGUACCAGAUCAUGAGGGGAGCUUGCAUCACACUGCAAGCCUGGACACGUGGGUUUCUGGUUCGUCAGGAGAUGCAGAAGUUGCACAAUGCCGCUAUUGUGAUUCAGAAAUCGUACCGGUCCUUCGCUGCCAGCUCUAAGUAUCAGAGGCUGAGGGAUGCUGCUGUUGUACUUCAACAACACUGGAGGGCUACAAAAAUGUCAAGAGAAGUUCUUGAGGACUAUGUGUCUCUGAAGAAAGCUGCAAUUGUCCUGCAGUCUGCCUACCGGGGGAAGAUUGGACGACACAUUGCCACAGAGCAUCGGUCUGCCAGAAUCAUCCAGUCUUGCUUCAGAAUGCACCUCCAGCAGCAGCAAUACCAGAGGAAGAGGUGUGCAGCUAUCAAGAUUCAAACUGCUGUUCGCAUGCAGCAAGCUCAUAGCAGGUAUAUAAUGCUGAGGCGGGCAGCACUGAUCAUCCAGACCAGAUAUCAAGCCAAGAAAACAGGUCAAGCUGUUUGCAACCAGUACCUGACCAUCCGCCGAGCUUGCAUCACCUUGCAGGCUUUGACACGUGGGUACCUGGUCCGCCAACAGAUGCAGAAGUUGCAUAUGGCAGCUAUUCAGAUUCAAAAGUCUUUCAGAUCCUACUCAGCUCAAACUCGGUACCAGAAGUUGAGAGGUUCUGUCUUGGUCCUACAGACCCACUGGAGGGCCACCAGAUUGUCAAGACGGAUUCAGGAGGACUUUGUCAUUUUGAAGAAGGCCGCAGUGGUUCUACAGUCGGCGUACAGGGGUAAGCUGGGACGAAACACCGCCCUGAGGCACAGCUCUUCCAGAAUCAUCCAGUCUUAUUUCAGAAUGCACCUCCUGCAACAGCGAUACCAGAGGCAGAAAUGUGCAGCUAUCAAGAUUCAAACUGCUGUUCGCAUGCAGCAAGCUCAUAGCAGGUAUAGUAUGCUGAGGCAGGCAGCACUGGUCAUCCAGACUAGAUAUCAAGCCAAGAAAACAGGUCAAGCUGUUUGCAACCAGUACCUGACCUUCCGCCGAGCUUGCAUCACCUUGCAGGCUGUGACACGUGGGUACCUGGUCCGCCAACAGAUGCAGAAGUUGCACAUGGCGGCUAUUCAGAUUCAAAAGUCUUUCAGAUCCUACUCAGCUCAAACUCAGUACCAGAAGUUAAGAGGUUCUGUCUUGAUCCUACAAACCCACUGGAGGGCCACCAGAUUGUCAAGACGGAUUCAGGAGGACUUUGUCAUUUUGAAGAAGGCUGCAGUGGUUCUACAGUCGGCGUACAGGGGUAAGCUGGGACGAAACACCGCCCUGAGGCACAGCUCUGCCAGAAUCAUCCAGUCUUAUUUCAGAAGACACCUCCUGCAACAGCGAUACCAGAGGCAGAAGUGUGCAGCUAUCAAGAUUCAAACUGCUGUUCGCAUGCAGCAAGCUCAUAGCAGGUUUGUAAUGCUGAGGCAGGCAGCACUGGUCAUCCAGACCAGAUAUCAAGCCAAGAAAACAGGUCAAGCUGUUUGUUGCCAGUACCUGGCCAUCCGCAGAGCUUGCAUCACCUUGCAGGCUGUGACACGUGGGUACCUGGUCCGCCACCAGAUGCAGAAGUUGCAUAUGGCGGCUAUUCAGAUUCAAAAGUCUUUCAGAUCCUACUUGGCUCAAACUCGGUACCAGAAGUUGAGAGGUGCCGUUUUGAUCCUACAGACCCACUGGAGGGCCACCAGAUUGUCAAGACAGAUUCAGGAGGACUUUGUUACUUUGAAGAAAGCUGCGCUGGUUCUACAGGCGGCGUACAGGGGUAAGCUGGGACGAAACAUCGCCCUGAGCCACAGCUCUGCUAGAAUCAUCCAGUCUUACUUCAGAAUGUACCGCAACCAGAAACAAUAUCAAAAUCAAAAAAGUGCAUCUGUCAGGAUUCAGUCCGCCUUCCGCAAGCAUCAAGCUUACAGAAAAUACACAGAGCUCAAACGUGCAGUGAUUAUCAUCCAGCGUAAAUACAAGGCAACCAAACUGGCCGAGAUGACAUGUCUCCAGUAUCACAUUCACCGUGGUGCGUGCAUCACUCUACAGGCCUACGUCAGAGGAUUCUUAGUUCGCCAACACAUUCGCAGACUGCACUCUGCAGCCACUGCGAUUCAGAAGAACUACAUGGCCUACAAGACUCGCACCAGAUACUUGAAGAUCAGGGAUGCUGCUGAUGUGUUACAAAAGUACUGGAGAGCCACCAGAAUAGCAAGGGAGCAGCAACUCAUGUUUAUCUCUCUGAAGAAAGCUGCCGUCACAGUACAGUCAGUGUACAGGGGACGCAUUGGUCGCAAGAUAGCGAGGGAGCAUCGUGCAGCUAGGCUCAUCCAGUCGGAAUACAGAAUGCAUGCAGCAGUCCGGGAGUAUACCAAACUGAGAGCAGCAGUCAUAACAAUCCAGGCCUCGUAUCGGAUGCAAAGAGCUCGGCAGCGCUACCACAAUCUUGUUGCUGCCACUCAGACAAUCCAACAGUUCUUCCGUGGGUACCUGAUCACCAGAGCUAUCAGAAGCAAAUUCUUGUUGGCCAGAAGCAGCACUGUCAAACUUCAAGCUUCUUACAGAGGAUUUGUGCAGAGGAGAGCUUACAUCAUCCUAAAGCAGGCAGCAACCAAGACCCAAGCCUUGUACAGAGGAAAGAGAGAACGUGAAGCCUAUCAGGCACUGAAGAGGGCCGCAGUAGUACUUCAGGAAAAAUACAGGGCUCAUGUACUAAGAACCCAAGCCUUCAGAGCCUACAACAUUCAGCGUGGUGCAGCUAUCACCAUACAGGCUGCAUACAAGGCUUACACGGCAAGACAGAAGUACAUCCAGUUGAAACAGGCAGUAAUUACAAUACAAUCUGCAUACAGAGGGCACAGACAGAGAACCAACUUUCUGUUGAUGAAGAAUGCGGCGACCAGCCUCCAAGCAAGAUAUCGAGCUCACUUGCUGAUGAGGGAAGCCCUCCAAAAUUACCAGGCAAUACGACAGGCCGCUAUUGCGAUCCAAUCCUUUUACAGGGCCUACACUGAAAGAUGCCAUUUCAUAACUGUCAAGUCUGCAGCAACUGUCAUCCAGUCCUUCUUUAGAGGCAACAAGCAGAGAUUGGCAUACCAGGAGACAAGAAGAGCCGCCGUGGUCUUGCAGAUGAGAUACAGAACCCAUCGUCUCCAGAGGGAAGCCACCAGGAGCUAUCAUGUCAAGCGCGGUGCUGCCAUCACGAUCCAAGCCUACCUGCGUGGCCGGCUCGCUAGGCAGUCAGUCAAGCAUAUCCGAGCAGCCAUCAGAAUCCAGUCUCACUUCAGGAUGCUGACCCAGCGACGCAGGUAUCUUGCUCUGCAAAACGCAGCCAACAGAAUCAGGGCGAGCUUCAGGGCACAGAUUGCCAGGAGAGAUUUCCUGUCCUUGAGACUCGCAGCUCUUACUAUCCAGACCAGAUACCGUGCUCUGAUGACGGCUCGACACCAGCAAAGAGAGUACAGGUUGAUCCUUAAUGCCAUCAUCACAAUCCAGUCCUUUGCACGUGGGAAACAGGCAAGGAAACUUGCCAAGAGGAUCCGCGCUGCAGUCAAAAUACAGUCAGCUUACAGGGGCCACGUCCAACAGAGACGCUACCAAGCGGUGAGACAGACCACCCUCUUCCUGCAGGCUCGAACCAGGGGCAUGAUGGCUCGGCAAAAGUUCACUACGAUGAAGAAGAAAUGGCAAGCUGCUGUGCGCAUCCAACAGCAUUUGAGGGGCUUUGUUGCAAGGAAAGCACUUGAGACCCAGAGGCAAGCCAGGCUAGCCCAGCUGGAGAGGUUCUCCUCUGUCGCUAGGUUCCAUCUGUCCACAAUCCAGAUCCAACGCUGCUAUCGUCUGUACAAGAUGCGACAGGCUGCCAAAGCAAAAAUGCAGUCCAUACUUACUAUACAGCGAUGGAUGCGUGCUUCCCUCCAACGCUUGCAUUUCCUGAAGCUCAGACGUGGCAUGGUUGCACUCCAGCGCCGCGUACGUCAGCACCAGGCCGUCCGGCAGCAGGCGGCAGUCUGUAUCCAGACGCAGGCCAGGGUGUGGCUGGCCAGGCAGUACGUCAAGAAGAUGAAAGCUGCAGCACUCACUAUGCAGUCUGUGUGGCGAGGCCUUAAAGUCCGCCGCAGCUGCAAGAACAAGAAGAUCGCAGCUGCCCGUGCCCGCUGCAUCAAGGCCAACAAGGCCGUCACAGAGGAGAAGAAACUCUGCAAUCGCACCACCUCGGCCCUGGACUACCUGCUGCAAUACAGGCAGAUGUCUGGCCUGCUAGAGGCACUCAUCAGUCUAGACGUUGUGAGCCGUCUGUCGGCAGCCUGCUGCGAGCGUUUAGUAGAGGGCCAGGCAGUACCGGUCAUCUUCACUCUGAUCAAGAGCUGCAAUCGUAGCCUGCCCUGCAUGGAGGUCAUCAAGUACAGCGUCAACAUACUCCUCAACCUGACCAAGUAUCCUCCCACUGCCCACGCAGUCUUUGAGGAGCCAGAAUCCAUCAGCAUGAUCUUGGACCUGAUGCAGAUGUACCGAGAGAAGGGUGCCCAGAUCUUCUCUAAAGUCUGCACGCUGAUGGGCAUUCUGAGUCAGGAUACCAGACGUGCACAGAUCAUCCUCUCAGCUCCCAAGAACAAGGAGCGGCUCCUAGGCAUCAAUCGUCUGACGGAGCGCAAGUACAGCCUAGCGGCCAAGCGCGCCCAGGCCAAGGCCCGCGGCCUGAACAGCUCCACCCUGUCCAACAGCAGCUUCCUGAACACCAGCAGCCUCAAUGCAAGCAGGGUGAUGCACGCGCCGACGCCCCGCAAGCAGCGUCAGGUGCAGCCGGAGUGGGUGCUGGGGCGGGGCAAGAUGCGGGAGAUUGCAGACCCGCUGGAGGCAUGUCACUUUGUCAUGGAGACCUUGCAUUUGAAAUGAAAAAUAAUUGGAAACCUUGGUGUGGCCCGACUGGGUACAUGGGUGUGGCAAGAUGCGAAGAUUGCACCGUAGGUGCCUUGCACUUGUAAUUAAAAUUGUACAGCUCUUUUAAAAAAAGUAGUUUAGAAUUUAGCCAGUGAUGGAUUGUUAGUAUUCGCUGUGUUUUUUUCGGAUUGGAGAACUAUUGUACCUUUUUGAAUGGUUUCAUAAAAUGGAAAAUCCGAAGAUUGGAGUUUGUAAAUAGCUAUUUGCCUUUCUUUAGUGUAGACUAUAGGCUUGCUUUGGAUUCAGAGGUUGAGUCUCCAAAUUUUGAUCUAAGUUUCCCCACAGUGGCUAUUUUAUGCUUGGAUGGAGAAUUUUCAAAAUGUCAAGAAUUUACUUAUGUAGUGAUUUUUGGCCGAGAUUUGGUUUUGAGUGUUUUUUAACAUAUUUGAGCCUUAUUAGUGCUGAGCCCUAAAACAGUUGGCAAUCUUUGUACACAGCAUUUCAAUAUAUCAUGAAGACUUGGUUGGCUUAAUGCGAGAAACGUUUGUUAAAUAUAUCAUUUUCAAUUUGGUGCACCACUUACGGUUUUGUUUUAGGCUUUACGACAGAAAACCAUGAAGUUCUUGAAUAUACCCAAUGGAAAUUCAACAAAUUUACCUUGGAUCAAUCUUGCCCGAGUUAUGAAAAUUUGAUGGACAGGGACUCAAACCCCAGACCACUGUAUGCGUGUUCCAGUUGCUCAACAAAUUCCAUUUUGUUGCAAUGAUUGAUUUUUCACUUUUGUAAAUAUCCUACCUGUAUAUAUUGUAUAAAUGAUUCAUCGAUUAAUAUUCUUUGGUAAUUGCGGAUCAACUUUAACCCAUCAGUCACUGCACCGCCCCAAACUGCCCUUGCCUGUUACUCCUUGUAGUAGUACCCAAAACUGUCCUGGGACACUAGAUGUUUUUAUAAAUCCAUCAGCGACUUAAACACAAAGGCUUACAACAUAGAAUGCAUCACAUUUGUUCAUGGAUUAAAUUUUACAAUGUCUGAGGAAAGUGUUCCGUUUAACCACUAGGUAAUCCGUUCCAGAAUUAGAAAUUUCAUGUUUAGAAGUUGUGAUCCAAUACCUCAAAAAAAUAGUUUUGUACACCCAUUUUUCAUACAUUUGGAAACGUUUCCGCAUAUAGUUUCAUCUAUUAAUGAAUUUAGCCAUUAGGUAAUAUAGUCUGUAGUUGUUUUGCUUUUGUUUUUAAUAUUGAUCAUUGCUUUUUGAUCGCUUUUGUUUAAAUCAUGUCACCUGAAUGACAUAAAGCUUGUACAAAUUUAUGCUUAAUUCCUUGCUUUCAAUAUAGACUUGAAUUUUAA